AUGUAUGUGACUAGGCCUCUUUCUAUGUACAACAAGUCUAAAGAGGCUCUCUCAUUGCCUCCACCAGAAGGUCCCAAUUCUGGUAUUCUGGUCAUUCAAGAUAAUGAUUUGGAACCAACCUCUUGUUUUGGCUUGGGAAAGUACCACCAAGUUAAGGGGUUACCUUUCCCUCAAAACAUGAACCUUGAGUUGUUCUACCGAUCAGGCAUUUCACUCAACAGAAAUACUCGUUACCAUCAUGUUGCAUUCAUUCCUGUUCUUAAUCAGCCACUGUCUUCCAAUAAAUACUAUGUGGUGCAUCUUCAUGGCAAGAAAAGAGGGGAAGCAUACAUUAACUCCAAGGAGGAAGAUGUGGACACAUUCUGUUUCUACAAUUCUGUUUCUGAAGAACCACUACAUCCUCUAGAUAUCAGUGACACAUAUCAAGAGUUUGAGAUCUAUCCUCGAAGAAGCAAAGUUACAUUAAGGAGUGGUUUCUCAGCUAAAUCUGUUGCUCAAGAUGGAUACCCUCCAAGGUUUUUAAGUAGAAGGUGGAAAGUGAGUGCUUCAACAUCAAGUGAUUCAAGUCUUGGAGAAGCAUCGGGUGUAAACGACCCCCUCCGUUCAAGCCGACCAGAAUUCAGUUUCUCUUUAGCAAACAGAUGUUCAGAAAGUGUUGUUGUAGGAAAAUGGUAUUGUCCCUUUAUGUUUAUCAAGGAAGGAACUCACAGAACAUUGAAAGAAGAAAUGAGAAAGUCAAUGUUUUAUGAGAUGACACUAGAGCAAAAAUGGGAACAAGUGUUUUCAUGUGAUAAUAAUGAUGAUAAGAUGAGAAACACUGUGAAUGUUGAUGCUGUUGUUCAAAAGGAAGUGGUCGUAAUUGCUGGUUGGGAGGCUAUGAUGGAUAAUAAGAUGGAUGUAGCUGAAAGUUUUGUUUGGUUUAAUAGUAUGAAUAAUGUUGGAGAAAAGAACAGUGUGGGAUUGAGUAUGGCAAUAAUUGAUAGAAUGAAGUGGGAGCAAGAAAGGGUUGGGUGGCUUGGUGGAAAAGAAAAGGAAUUUAGAGUUAACAAAGUGGAAGAAUUUGAAGGGACUAAUAAUGGAUGGAAGAAAUUUGGAUGUUAUGUGUUGGUUGAGACUUUUGUAUUAAAGAGAUUGGAUGGGAGCAUAGUGUUGACCUAUGCUUUCAAACACUAUCAUCAAUUAAGAAGCAAAUGGGAAUGA